AUGAGGCUCAUCAUCAGAGACGACGACGAGCAAGCCAGCCGUUAUGUGGCAAACUACAUUGUUGAACGGAUAAACCACUUCCAUCCCACAGCAGCACACCCUUUUGUACUCGGCCUCCCGACAGGGUCCAGCCCGUUGGGUAUCUAUAGAAUACUAGUGGAGAAGUACAAAGCUGGGGAGAUCUCAUUCGAGCAUGUCGUCACGUUCAACAUGGAUGAGUACAUCGGGAUCCCUCGGGACCACCCCGAAAGCUACCACUCCUUCAUGUGGAAGCAUUUCUUUUCACACGUAAACGUCGACCCGGCCAACGUCCACAUCUUGGACGGCAACGCGCCAAACCUCGAGGCCGAGUGCGUCGCCUAUGAGGAGUCCAUCCGCCGAGCUGGCGGCAUCGACCUCUUCCUGGCCGGCAUCGGCGAGGAUGGCCACAUAGCCUUCAACGAGCCGGGCUCAUCACUAGCGUCUCGUACAAGGGUCAAGACGCUCGCGUACGACACCAUCCUGGCCAACUCGCGCUUCUUCGGCAACGACAUGGAAAAGGUCCCCAAGAUGGCCUUGACAGUGGGCGUGCAGACAGUGCUCGAGGCUCGCGAGGUCGUCGUCAUAAUCCUGGGCGCACGCAAGGCCUUGGCGCUGCAGAGGUGCCUCGAGCAGGGGGUCAACCACAUGUGGACUCUGUCGAGCCUGCAGCUGCACCCUCACCCAAUGAUAGUGUGUGACGAGGAUGCCACCCUGGAGCUGCAGGUAAAAACAGUCAAGUACUUCAAGAGCAUCGAGCAGGUGGCAAAGACGCAAGGGUUCGAACAGAUACUCCCCUCCAAGAUGCGCACAGGCACCGUCUCGGUCCCACCGCGUGUCGUUUUGGACGAGGAGGUGCAGGCACCGACCGUGCAUGCGCCCAAGCCCGUGACCUCGUCGCUCCUGCACGCCUUGACGCCUGCUGCCGAGUAUCCCGUGCGGUCCGUCUCGCCGGACCUGGUCCCGGACCGCAUGGGUUCCCGCAUCCCUGGUGACUCGGAAGCCGCUUUCCACAGGCGCUUGACCCCUAACCCGGAACAGCAGGCUCUUCACAAGCAGAAGUUGAGCCACGCGUUUGUGUCGGCCCAGCUUGUGGUUUGA